GAUUAUGGCCCAGGUCGCAAUGUCCACCCUGCCCGUUGAAGAAGAGUCUUCAGAGAGCAGGAUGGUCGUGACGUUCCUCGUGUCUGCUCUUGAGUCCAUGUGUAAAGAACUGGCCAAGUCCAAGGCAGAGGUGGCUUGCAUCGCAGUAUAUGAAACAGACGUGUUUGUCGUCGGAACCGAGCGGGGAUGUGCUUUUGUCAAUGCCAGGACGGAUUUUCAGAAAGACUUUGCAAAAUACUGCAUUGCAGAGGGGCUGCGUGAGAUGAAGCCUCCUUGCCCUGUGAACGGGAUGCAAGUCCACUCAGGAGAAACGGAAAUACUCAGGAAAGCAGUCGGAGACUACUUCUCCUUUUGUUACGGUAAAGCCUUAGGGACAACAGCGAUGGUACCUGUUCCCUACGAGCAGAUGAUGCGAGACCCGGCGGCUGUGGUCGUGCGGGGCCUUCCGGAAGGAGUUGCCUUCCAGCACCCUGAGAAUUAUGACCUCGUCACCCUGAAAUGGAUUUUGGAGAACAAAGCAGGGAUUUCCUUCAUCAUAAACAGACCUUUCCUAGGUCCAGAGAGUCAGCUGGGUGAUCAUGUGAUGGCAACAGAAGCUGAGAGAUCUAUAAUAUCAAGUAAAAGCUAUGGCGCUGUCAGUGUGAAAACCGAACCCAUGGAAGAUUCUGGCAUUUCACUGAAAGCAGAGGCUGUCUCAGUCAAGAAAGAAUCAGAAGAUCCUAACUACUAUCAAUAUAAUAUGCAAGGAAGCCGGCAUUCUUCCACAAGCAAUGAAGUAACAGAAGUGGAAUUACCAAUGGAAGAUUCUUCUCAGUUGGGCCCUUCAGAAACAAAUGAAGACUCUGAAGCCGAAGUGAAAAUCGAAGGAAACACACGUUCAUCCAGUACUACCAAUUCUGCAGCGGGUGUUAAAGAUCUUAACAUCAUUCAGGUGACAGUUCCAGAUAAUGCAAAGGAAAGCUUGUCAAGCAUUGAAAAGAUUAAACAGCUAAGAGAACAAGUCAAUGACCUCUUUAGCCGAAAAUUUGGUGAAGCAAUUGGCGUGGAUUUCCCUGUGAAAGUUCCCUACAGGAAAAUCACCUUCAACCCAGGCUGUGUGGUGAUUGAUGGCAUGCCCCCAGGGGUGGUAUUCAAAGCCCCCGGUUACCUGGAAAUCAGCUCCAUGAGAAGGAUCCUGGAUGCAGCAGAGUUCAUUAAAUUCACAGUCAUUAGACCACUCCCAGGACUUGAGCUCAGUAAUGUGGGAAAACGAAAGAUAGACCAAGAGGGCCGUGUGUUUCAAGAAAAGUGGGAGAGAGCCUAUUUCUUCGUGGAAGUGCAGAACAUUCCCACGUGUCUGAUAUGCAAACAGAGCAUGUCUGUGUCCAAAGAAUACAACCUGCGGCGCCAUUACCAGACCAACCACAGCAAGCACUACGACCAGUACACCGAGCAGAUGCGUGACGAGAAGCUUCUGGAGCUCAAGAAAGGGCUCAGAAAGUAUCUCCUGGGGUCAGCGGAACUCGAGUGUGCCGAGCAAAAACAAGUGUUGGCAAAGGUGAGUCCACCGGAAAAUGCCACUGUGCAGCCCGUGGAAGAUGUGGCCGGGAACCUGUGGGCAAAGUUACGGGAGAAAAUCAGAUCAUCCGUGGCCUAUUCCAUCGCCAUCGACGAGAUCACGGAUAUAAACAACACCACCCAGUUGGCCAUAUUCAUCCGUGGCGUCGAUGAGAAUUUUGACGUGUCUGAAGAACUCCUAGACACAGUGCCCAUGACAGGGUCAAAAUCUGGAAACGAGAUCUUUUUGCGGGUUGAGAAAAGUCUGAAAAAGUUCAGUGUCGACUGGUCAAAGUUAGUAAGCGUGGCCUCCACGGGCACUCCCACCAUGGUAGAUGCCAAUCACGGGCUGGUUACAAAACUGAAAUCCAGGGUGGCAACAUUUUGCAAGGGCUCAGAACUGAAGUCUGUCUGUUGCAUCAUCCAUCCGGACUCACUCUGUGCGCAGAAGUUAAAGAUGGACCACGUCAUGGAUGUGGUGGUGAACUCUGUGAACUGGAUAUGCUCCCGUGGCCUGAACCACAGCGAGUUCACAACCCUGCUGUAUGAGCUGGACAGCCAGUACGGCAGCCUUCUGUACUACACGGAGAUCAAGUGGCUCAGCCGUGGGCUGGUGCUCAAGAGAUUUUUUGAGUCGUUGGAAGACAUCGAUUCGUUCAUGUCAUCCAGAGGAAAGCCCCUGCCUCAGCUGAGCUCUAUAGACUGGAUCAGAGACUUGGCCUUCUUGGUGGACAUGACGACGCAUCUGAACACCCUGACCGUCUCUCUCCAAGGGCAUUCCCAGAUCGUCACGCAGAUGUACGACGUGAUCCGGGCCUUCCUCGCAAAACUGUGCCUGUGGGAGGCGCACCUGGCGCGGAACAACCUGGCCCACUUCCCCACCCUGAAGUCCGUUUCCCCCAGUGAGAGCGACGGCCGGAGCUACAUCCCCAAAAUCGCGGCGCUCAAGACUGAAUUCCAGAAGAGGCUGUCUGACUUCAAACUCUGCGAGAGCGAGCUGACCCUGUUCAGCUCCCCGUUCGCCACAAAGAUCGACAGCGUGCACGAAGGGCUGCAGAUGGAAGUCAUCGACCUGCAGUGCAACACGGUCCUGAAGGCCAAGUACGACAAGGUGGGGGUUCCGGAAUUCUACAAGUACCUCUGGAGCAGCUACCCGAAAUACAGAAGCCAUUGCGCGAAGAUCCUCUCCAUGUUCGGGAGCACCUACGUCUGCGAACAGCUGUUUUCCAUCAUGAAGCUGAGUCAGACCAAGUACCGCUCCCCGUUGAAGGAUUCGCAGUGGGAGUCCAUGCUCCACGUCGCGACAUGAUGGAGGACAGCUCCCAGCCAGGCCCCACGGUGGGUAAGGCUGGAAUCUUCUAGGCCCAGGAGAUUGCGAGAUGAGAAAAUGAGUGACUAAAGAGCCCCGUUUUUCAGUUUUUUCCACUUUGAAUCAGAAACACAGUUUGCAGGAUUGUACCUGUUUGUAUGACAUUUCGUGCCUCACCGUUCAGUAAAGAUCAAGACGGUUUCGUUGUAUGUCUGCUGGCUGACUUUUCUUACGCCUGGCUUGUUUCGUUCGUUCCUGUCACCUGCCCGCUCUCCUGUGGAUUUGCGGUUGGCAUCUCGAACUGCAAAUCAGUCAGCAGAGAAAGACAGUGGGGCAGAUGGGGGUAUUCGUGAGACGUAUGUAUACACACAUAGGCAUCCUCCCCCCUUUCCCACAUGGCCUAACAUGUUUCCAAGUUGCAGGAGAAACACCUGGAGACAUAUCCAUAUAAUACAGCGUUCCUAUGUUAGCUAUCUCUGCCUUCACACGAAACUAGAAAGGUCAGGCUUGAAAUGGAAAACUCCAAAACAGCACAGGCUAUAAGAGACAAAGUAGGUUGAGGUGUGAGAUUGUCUUUUUUUGUUUUAGCUUUACAUUUUGAAAUAACUUCCAGUUUAUGGAAAGACUGCAAAAAUAAAAAUCGUUUUUUAAAAAAAACUCAUAUGCCCUUUAGCCAGAAUGUCAUCUUGUUAACAUUUUACCCCUGUUCUCUCAUUUACAGUAAGUCCCCUACAUACGAACCUUCAAGUUGCGAACGUUCAAAGAUGUGAACGUGCGCUCGCAUGUCCAAUCACGUAAGUUAGUUCACGUGUCUGGCGUGAGUGAAAUCGCAGCUUGCCCUCCGUCUCCUGUUGCUGACAGUCCUUGAUCUCUGCCGCCCCCUGUCAUCCUCUCCCUCCUCCAGUCAGUAACUCUUCUUCCCUGUUCACUCAAUGCCAGCCCCUGUAUGCCAGCUGUUGUACUGUACUGUAUACCGUACCUUUUCAGGUACUGUACGAUUAAAAAUGUUUUAUUUUU